GUCCCGUGGGGCUUGUAGGGAUUGUAGAGCAAAAAUGGAGAAGUCUCAUCUUUCCAUAUUAGUUUUGUAGGCCAAACCGUUCGGACGCUACUGACAUUUUCGUGAGAAGGUCAAUUUUAGGGAUGUCUCAUGGGCUGACAAACACCGCUGUAGCUCGGCCACCUUCCACCGCAGAUGCAGAAGGUCGACAUAGGCGGAUGUGGCUGAUUGAGACACAGCCAGUGCAAAAAAAAGAUAUCUCUAGCUAAAACUGAUGGAUUUUGAUGGGGUGCGUCAAUAGACUCUUAAGGAUUUUAAGGGAUCAACAUCUUUUAGUUACAUAAUGACGUAACUGGUAAUUUCUGUUUAUUUUGGCGAUAGAAUGGUUUCUCAUAAGCUACCUCAUAUCUCCUCUCUCCAAAUAUACAAACAUCCCACUGGGCACACACUGGUUGAAUCUACGUUGUUUCCACGUAAUGUCAAUAAAAUUAGGUCCGUUGAACCAACGUGGAAUAGAUGUUGAAUUGACGUCUGUGCUCAGUGGGAUAGUUUUGAGAUUCUAAACUGUAAUUCAAAUCGGUUGUUUAAUUAGAUUACCAACAGCUUUCUUUAAAAUUAAGGUCUCUUAAAUCUGAACCGGCUUAAAGGCAAUGUUCUGUAAUGUGUUUAUUUAAUGUAUUGGUUUAUUACAUGAAAGAAAUGGGUUCAGGAUCAAAACCAAGAAAACAGAAAGUGAAUAUAGGCCUAAACUUACUUCUGGCUAUGACAAAUCACAAUUCUGGUGUUAUUAGCAACUUGACUAGAGGAAAAAAUUGUUGCAAUAAACAAUGUCAUCAUGAAAACUAGUAGCUUCGAACUUCCGGGCCAUGACUAAUUCAGGUGGUAUUGUUGACAGUUUAUGUCUCUACUAUAACCUGUGGGCAGACAGGCCUAACCUCCCAGCUAUCCAGCAUUCACUACAGAGGCAUUGUUUGAAUGGACAAAUUACUAUCUCUUCACAGGUCUUGUUUUCGUUAGCGUGUCUCAUCGAAACCGGUCGUCAAUCACACAUACCGACCGGGGAAGUGAAAGAAUCUGGCCCAGCUUGAAAAUUACCAUGUCAACUGGUUUCAGGUCAGGGGGGAAAAAGUUGACUCCACCCUUUCAGGAGCAGACAGAUCCAUAUAACUUCAGGGGAUGUGAUUGAGCCAUUAGUUAACAACGAUUACAACCAAGCUGAGCUGACCUGCGGUUGACUCUCCUCUACAACCUCUGCCCCUAGCUUGAUUGAUUUUACAACAAAAAAGAAGUCUUCAAAAUGGUGUCGAUGGGAAGACAGAUGCUGGGCUUCGUCCUGGCUAUCAUCGGGUUCCUGGGGACCAUCAUUGUGUGUGCCCUGCCUAUGUGGAAAGUCACAGCUUUCAUCGGAGCCAACAUCGUGACUGCUCAGGUCAUCUGGGAGGGCUUGUGGAUGAACUGUGUAACCCAGAGCACGGGACAGAUGCAGUGCAAGAUCUACGACUCCCUUCUGGCCUUACCCCAGGACCUGCAGGCUGCGAGAGCUCUGAGCGUCAUCGCCAUCAUCGCGUCAUGCUUCGGCAUCCUCCUGGGAAUUGCUGGAGGAAAGUGCACCAACUUUGUGGAGGAUGAGGCUUCCAAAGCUAAAGUAGCCAUUGCCAGCGGGAUCAUCUUCAUCGUGGCUGGCGUCCUCAUCCUCGUCCCUGUCUGCUGGUCCGCCAACACCAUCAUCAGGGAUUUCUACAACCCCCUGCUGGUCGAGGCCCAGAGGAGGGAGCUGGGGGCCUCGCUAUACAUCGGCUGGGGCACCGCAGGGCUCCUGAUCCUGGGAGGGGGGCUCCUCUGCAGCUCCUGCCCACCCAAGGAGGAGCGUGACAACUACCCAGUGAAGUACUCACAGGCAAGAUCCACAGCUACCAGCAGAGCUUACGUCUGAGCAGGAAACUGUUGAAAGAGAGACUAUAAAUUAUUUGAUUACCUUUGGUAAUCCUCUGUGAAUUGAAAAUACCCUGCAAGACUUGGCAUUUUCAAGUGUUGUUCUUCUGCAUUUUACAUUUUGAAAGUGAUGUGAAAUCAAAACAGAAUGAAUCUAUGAAAACAAAUUUACUGAGUACUUUAGGACUGCAAGAAAAAGACAAGACAGAACUCUUGCCCAUAAGAGAAGUAGUGUGACUGUAUAUGCUGCAUGUAGAGAUCAUCUCAACAAUCAAGAUAGGGAUGACUGAAGUGAAUUGAAGCCAUUCCCAUAACCCUAACUUCUCUUUUGCUGUAUAAGGACACUGUACCAGAAUGAUAAUAUUGAUAUUCAUGUAAGAACAUGGGCCAUAUGAUUUGAGAGUUAAACCAUAGGUACAGUAUAUAUGUAUGAUUCACUUGUCAUAGCUUUGUACUGUAGAUCACAGUAUGUUUUGCAAACAUACAAUAUAUGUUCAUUGAUUAUGUCUAAAGAACUUGUUCAAUUGCUAACUUUAUUUUUCUAUAAAACAUUUCCAACAAAGUUUA